AUGUCGCAUGAUACUCCCCCAGUAUAUGUCUCGAACGAUCGACAAUUGCAGAAUUAUCUAAGCUUGUUGACAAUCGAUCAGCCACGACUUUGUGUUGAGUUCGUGAAGAUGAAGGACGGAUCGAAUGCAAGGACAAAACGGCCACACAGUUCGGCUUCAGAAGUAGAAUAUACAUAUGAAGACGCAAGAGGAUUUGAUGGUUUCUGUUAUGAUUAUAGUGAAAACGUAGAAGAUGAAGCCAAAGAAGAUGAAGCAGAGUACGAAUCAGAGGCUGAAGAAGAAGAUGACGAGUUUUCAACCCGAUUUGACGUUUUCGACGACUCCGAUGGUGCGUCAUCUGAUGAUGAUAACUUUACUGUACAGGGCGAGCGUGAGGAGAAAGAUGAAGAUUUACCGGCUGCUACUCAAAACAGAGGUCAUUACUUUGGCAAAGUAGGAUCGAUUGGGAACUCGGAGUCUUUAACGGUGGAGAUGGCUAAGCUAAACCUCGUCGUAGGACAACGAUACGCGAACAAAGACGAGUUGGAGAAACGAGUGAAACUUCUUGCAGUGAGAGAUGGAUUUGAUUUUUCAGUACCAAAAUCAAAUACGACUGUAGUGAAUAUUAAGUGCCGGGUUGAAGGAUGUCUUUGGAGAGUUCGUGCAUCUCAAGAAGGAGAUGAGCCUGGUUUUGUUAUUCGUAUAUACGAUUUGGUACACACAUGUUCUGUGACGGAGAGAUCUAAUCGAUCCAAACAAGCUACACCUGAUGUUUUGGGACCUCUUUAUAGGGACUUUCUUGGUGACAUUGGUCCGUUAGUUAAACCUAAAAGUGUUGGAAUAAUCAUCAGUAAGCAUUUUAGCAUAACGAUGGAUUAUUGGAAGUCAUACAAGACGCUAAGGUUUGCAAGACAGAUCGAUAUGGGAACUCCUGAGGGAAGUUUUGGAGAAUUGCCUUCCUACCUAUACACGAUAAGACGGGCAAAUCCGGGUACAAUAACGCGUCUUCAAAUUGAUGGGUGUGACAGAUUCAAGUAUGUCUUCAUUGCUUUUGGUGCGAGUGUUGCUGGGUUUGCUUACAUGCGGAAAGUUGUUGUUGUGGAUGGUACGUUUCUCCACGGUAGUUACAAAGGGACGCUUCUAACAGCCCUAGCUCAGGAUGGAAAUUUCCAAAUUUUCCCAAUAGCUUUCGCAGUUGUUGACACUGAAAAUGAUGAUUCUUGGCGUUGGUUUUUUACGCAACUCAAAGUUGCUAUUCCAGACGAGAGGAACCUUGCGAUCAUCUCGGACAGACAUAAGUCAAUAGGGAAAGCAAUUGGUGAAGUGUAUCCGUUGGCUUCUCGUGGAAUUUGCACUUAUCAUUUGUACAAGAACAUAUUAGUGAAGUUCAAAGGGAAACAUUUGUUCCCACUUGUGAAAAAAGCGGCUAGGUGUUUUCGGAUGGCUGAUUUUACAGAAGCAUUCAAUGAGAUUGAAGCGCUUCAUCCUGAACUACAUGGAUAUCUCCAAAGAGCUGGGGUGCAAAUGUGGGCGCGUGUUCAUUUCCCAGGUGAACGGUACAACCUAAUGACUUCGAACAUUGCGGAAUCUAUGAACAAAGCACUAUCAAAUAGUAGAAGUCUUCCCAUAGUUCGACUGUUAGAAUCCAUACGGAAUAUGAUGACUAGAUGGUUUGCUGAACGGAGAGAGGAUGCGAAAUCACAGCUAACAACGCUCUCACGACGUGUUGAAAAACUGUUAGAGGGUCGUGUAACUGCGUCAAGACUUUUUGAAGUACAACCGAUUGAUGCUUUACGUGUACAAGUACAAUAUGGAACAUCUUUGCAUGUUGUAAAUUUGGAUGCAAAAAGAUGUACAUGCCGCCGUUUCGAGCACGAGAAAAUACCAUGCGUCCAUGCAAUCGUAGCUGCAGAGCAUAUGGGUGUGUCUCGUAUUUCCCUGGCUGAUCCGAACUACCGGAGCAAUUAUUUGGUUAACGCGUACGCUGAUUCAAUCUCACCUCCGGAUACUGCACUCCCGGUUCCUGAAAAGCAGGAUUAA